AUGAACAAUUCAUCAUUCACCAACGUAACUGUCGCGGGAGGCGCUGGAGGUUUGGGCUUUUUCAUAACUGAAGCCUUAUUGAACGACGGGUCUUUUAAAGUGAAGGUUCUUCGAAGACUGCCAGAAACCGCAAACGAUAAAGCCGAAUUGUUGGCUUCCAAAGGCGCAGAAAUUGUAUACGUUGAUUAUAGUCAGCAUGACAAUCUCGUCAACGCUCUCAAAGAAACUGAUGCACUGAUUAGUGCCGUAUCUCCUGGACGAACAGGCUCUUAUGACUUUGAUGCUCUUCAAACCCCUUUGUUGAAUGCUGCCAAGGCUGCCGGUGUGAGAAGGUUUAUUCCAUCCGAAUUUGGUAUCGAUUACAAGUAA